CUGGGGAUGGAGUCCUGGGAGGUUUCUGGCUCAAAACCUAGAACCUUAGCUCAUCUGACUGGUCCAAGAUGGGUGGGUGUUGAGUCUUGGGCUUUACUUGGCUUUCUCAAUCCUGGUGGGUCCUGCAGGCACUGACCUGUGGCCUGGACCCACCCUCCACCCCAUAUGCUCAGUCCAGCGGGGGCGGGUGAAGGGCGGGACUGCUGCCAGAUCUAGUCAGACAGGUGGAGCUGCCAGGGCAGGAGCCUCAAAGAGCCAGGCUCCUGCAGAGGAAGGGCGAGAGGAGUGCACCCGAGACAGACGAGAGGAGAGGCUGGAGAGUCCUUAGCCAGGAUGGAGGCUGUUGUGAACUUGUACCAGGAGAUGAUGAAGCAUGCAGAUCCCCGGAUCCAGGGCUACCCUCUGAUGGGGUCCCCCCUGCUAAUGACCUCCAUCCUCCUGACCUAUGUGUACUUCGUUCUUUCACUUGGGCCUCGCAUCAUGGCCAAUCGGAAGCCCUUCCAGCUCCGCGGCUUCAUGAUUGUCUACAACUUCUCACUGGUGGCAUUUUCCCUCUACAUUGUCUAUGAGUUCCUGAUGUCUGGCUGGUUGAGUACAUACACCUGGCGCUGUGACCCAGUGGACUUUUCCAACAACCCGGAGGCACUGAGGAUGGUUCGAGUGGCCUGGCUGUUCCUCUUCUCCAAGUUCAUUGAGCUGAUAGACACGAUCAUCUUUAUUCUCCGGAAAAAAGAUGGACAGGUGACCUUCCUACAUGUUUUCCACCACUCAGUGCUUCCUUGGAGCUGGUGGUGGGGGGUAAAAAUUGCCCCAGGAGGAAUGGGCUCUUUCCACGCCAUGAUCAACUCCUCUGUGCACGUGGUCAUGUACCUGUACUAUGGAUUGUCUGCCCUUGGCCCUGUGGCUCAGCCCUACCUUUGGUGGAAAAAGCACAUGACAGCCAUCCAGCUGAUCCAGUUUGUCCUGGUCUCACUGCACAUCUCCCAGUACUACUUCAUGUCCAGCUGUAACUACCAAUACCCAGUCAUCAUCCACCUCAUCUGGAUGUACGGCACCAUCUUCUUCGUGCUCUUCUCCAAUUUCUGGUAUCAAUCUUACACCAAAGGCAAGCGGCUGCCCCGUGUACUUCAGCAAAACGGAGCUCCAGGUACUGCCAAAGUCAAGGCCAACUGAGAAACAUGGCCUAGCUGGGCGCCCACCUAAGUGCCUCAGGACUGCACCUUGGGCAGCAUCUGUCAUUGUCCUCCCCAGCUACACCUGUGACCAGAGCUCAUGUGAUCAGGACUGAGCUGGGGGACAGGCCCUCUGCUCCCCACAGCUGGUACACAGGGACCACUGCUUCCGUUCCUCCCCCACUUCUCCCGGCCAGCCCCAGGGACGUGGCCUCACCGCCCUCUGCCGCUCCAGAGCAGAGCUAGGGGCCUGGAAGGGCUGGACACUUACUUUCCCCUCCCUGCCUUACACUUGGGAGAGGAGCACUCAGGGCUGGCCCCCACCAGGGUCUUGUGGCCUUUUUCCUCACACUGAAGAGGUCAGCAAUAAUCUGUCACUAUGGAUCCAGGCUCCCUCCUUGUCCACCUCACACUGAAGCAGGAGCUUCUUGGCCAAAGGUCAGGGUGGGUGGGAGGCCUGGGAAUAUAGCCUGUGGAGGCUGCUCACUCACUUAUGUCUCCAUUAAAAGUGACAGAGGCAACCACUGA